AGAAAUGUAAAAGCAGUCUCUUGAAAGGGAUAAAUAAACCUUCAUUACCCAAAAACCUUUGCGCAUACGUAGACGACGUGCAUCAAGAUGGGGCUUGAAAGUACUAUGGUCUGUGUGGACAACAGUGAAUACAUGCGAAAUGGAGACUUCCUUCCCACCAGGCUGCAGGCUCAGCAGGAUGCAGUUAAUAUUGUUUGUCACUCCAAGACUCGCAGCAAUCCUGAAAACAACGUGGGGCUCAUCACUAUGGCAAACAACUGUGAGGUGCUGACCACACUGACACCAGAUACAGGGAGGAUACUGUCCAAGCUGCAUGCUGUGCAGCCCAGAGGAAACAUCAGUUUCUGCACCGGCAUCAGGGUGGCACAUUUGGCGCUGAAGCACAGGCAGGGCAAAAACCACAAGGUGCGCAUCAUUGCAUUUGUUGGCAGUCCAGUAGAGGACAACGAAAAGGAAUUGGUCAAAAUGGCAAAGCGUCUCAAGAAAGAAAAGGUCAAUGUGGAUGUUAUUAACUUUGGAGAAGAGAAAAUGAACACAGAGAAGCUGACAGCCUUCAUCAACACACUAAACGGCAAAGAAGGAGCAGGCUCCCACCUGGUUACAGUAUCUCCAGGGCCCAGCCUGGCCGACGCUCUGCUGUCCUCACCCAUCCUGGCAGGAGAAGGUGGCGCUGUGUUGGGCCUGGGCGCCAGCGACUUUGAGUUCGGAGUUGAUCCAAGUGCGGAUCCUGAGCUGGCCCUGGCUCUGCGUGUGUCCAUGGAGGAGCAGAGACAGCGGCAGGAGGACGAGGCUCGCAGAGCCGCCGUCGCCUCGGCCGCUGACGUCAGCAUCUCCUCCCCAGCAGCAGAUGAGUCAGAAGAUGCCCUUUUGAAGAUGUCUGUCCCACAGACAGACUCAGCCACCCCUGCUCUGCCAGACUUUAGCCGCAUGACGGAGGAUGAACAGAUCGCCUAUGCCCUGCAGAUGUCCAUGCAGGGAGCAGGAGCAGAGUUUGGUGCUGAGGACAUGGACACGGGUGCAGACAUGGAUUCCAGUGAAGCUAAGGAUGAAGAAGAUUAUGACGUAAUGCAGGAUCCAGAGUUUCUUCAGAGCGUUUUAGAAAACCUCCCUGGAGUUGACCCCAACAAUGAGGCCAUCCGUAAUGCCAUGGGCUCUCUGGCUUCACAAACGGGCUCUAAACCCGAUUCCAAGAAGGACGAGGAGAAAAAGAAAUGAGAGAAAAAGCUUGACACACAGUAUGAUGAAAUAAAGAGACCUAAGAAUUUCACUGCAUGUGUUAUUCACAGUAAUGAUACAAUUCUCCACAUUACAAAACAUGUUUUGUCUAUUUUUUUGUGUAGACUACAAACAACUUUUUCUUUUUCUUGUUCAUUGUUCUGCUGUGUUAAUCUGCCUAAUUUUGAAUCUUUUGUAAAAUAACUACUCAGUAACCCAGAGAGGUUUCUUCAAUAAAUUUACUGAAUUAAAAAGUACACACCUGA